GAAAGAUUACCCAGAGGGAGAAUUAGUUGCAGGUUAUCAAACCGAAUAUUCCGGUAUCAAAUAUGGUUUCUUUUUUCUUGUUUCUUACUUAUCCUUAUUAGUUUCCUCUUUAUUUGUAACAGUUCUUUACUUAGGCGGGUGGAAUUUCUCUAUUCCCUACAUAUCCACGAUUCUCCCAGUGUAGGAAUCACACUAGUUAUCUUGACCUUGAUUCGGUCAAGCAGUUUUUCCUUACUAUACUCCAGUACGAACAGGAAAAGAAUCUGUGUACUCAACGGUGCAUUAGUAAUUAUCUAGGAUUUCUUUUGCUCUUUAAAGCAAAACGGUGUCUUGACUCUCAAGAAUAGUGCGUGUUAAUAUCCAUGUAGAUAAAGAUAGAGAUAGCAACGAACUGGAUGCAUAGUAAAACUCAAAACUUGUGACUUGUUCUCGUAGGCUAACUAACCAAAUCAUAGGAUCUAACACGAGACCGGAUAAACACCACGCCCCCGCCGCGUCUAUCUAUAUAAGCUAAUCCCUCGACCUCAACCGACUCCCAAAUCUCAAUUGCUUUGGCUCUCUCUCUCCCUCCCUUUCGCCGCAUGCGCCGUCCAAUCCAAACCAAUCCCAAGUCCCCACCCGCCCGCGGCGAGCAAAGCAAGAUGAUUUCCCCGGACGCGGCCCGCAACGUCGUCGGCAAUGUCAUCUCCUUCGGCCUCUUCCUCUCCCUUGUGUAAGCCGCCGCCGCCAUCCCCCUCGUCCGCUUGUCUAGUCUACUCUCUAUGGAAGGUGGUUGGUAAUUAGGGUUUGAUUCUGAUGAGGGGGCGCUUGCUUUUUUGCUUGUACAUGUGCAGGCCGACGUUCUGGCGGAUCAUCAAGAACAAGGACGUGGAGGAGUUCAAGUCGGACCCGUACCUAGCGACGCUGCUCAACUGCAUGCUCUGGGUGUUCUACGGCAUCCUCUGCGUCAUAUUCGGCUCGGCAAUGUACGCCUCCCCGCUCACCAUCAUGGGUAAAGUGAUCAAGACCAAGAGCGUCGAGUACAUGCCCUUCUUCCUGUCGCUGGUGAGCUUCCUCAACGGCGUCUGCUGGACGUCCUACGCUCUCAUCAAAUUCGACCUCUACGUCACGAUCCCCAAUGGCCUCGGUGCGCUGUUCGGCCUCGUCCUGUACGCCUGCUACUACAAGUCGACCCCCAAGAAGGAGAAGAACGUCAAGCUAAAAUGUGAUUGAAGGCCCGCCCGCUUCCUGGCUCCUUGACUGCAAUAACAAGUGCUAGCUACAGUAAGAACAAGGGAAUCUAGAGACCGAGACUGAAAGAAAAGGCUAGGCUACUUCUAUUCGUUAUUCGUUUCCCAUAUGAUUUUCCAUAUUUUACCAUAAAAAAUAGGAUGUUUUUAGCCAUUUAUUGUUAGUACUGAAAUCAGGCAUAAAGGAUUUUACGGGGGGUAAAGAAGUUAUUUCAACAACGUUCCUGUCAUCAAAUCCUGAUUCAACAAAGCCAUGCCAGCUGUGUUGGUCGUUCCUCCGAUUCAAAGUUCUCUUGGAUUCCAAAAAGCAUCGCUACCCGCAUACUGAAGUUGCUUAAAUCUAUUGAAUUCCACCUCUGCACCUCUUUCUUGGG